UAAUGUGAGAAGGGUUGUUUGUACAGCUUGUCGCUUCAAAACAAUUGUUCACAAUUGUUCCCCAUCGUGCUGGUACAAUAUCAUCAUCACCACACGACGCAGAGCUAGUAAAUUCACUCUGUCCGCACAAAUAAUGUGAAAAUAGUUUCGUAAAUUACACAUCAACGUUUCGAUAUUUGCUGCAAAACAGUUCGUUUACACGGUGCCGUGCGUGCUGCAUCGCACGUUAUCUGUGCCCGCACUACUACAACCGCACACGCACGCACACACACAAGCCCACAGCGCAAAACAUCGUCAAACGUCAAACCUGAAAGCAGCGAACGGCAUACAGCCCUCAGCAGGCGCAGCAGGCCGAAACGGCGAACGAAGAAAACGGUGCGUGCACCUUCAGCGUGAAAACAACAGUUUUUAGUGGCGACCAGUGGUAAAAACGGCAAUAAAAUCGUACCGCAAAAUACAGGUAAGAUCGGUGCUUUUGUUUUUUACCCGUGCGGAAGAAAAAUGGUUGCUUCCAGCAGGGCUCCAUCGGCGCAUCGAAACGGAACUCUUGCGGCCCAGAAACUCAAUCCCCUCGGCGACACUAGAAUCAACAUUGAUUUUCCGAACCCACCCUCGCACCCCGUUCCCACGCCGCGUGUUUCGGUGUGUGGGAAACGAAAGUGUGAAAUGACGACGAAAAGUUCUGCGGAACAGCCACACCGACCGUCGUGCCUCGUCGCCGCAAAUACAAGAUGGAAGGGUCGAUAAGGUAACCACCGUCUCUGUCACCACCACCACCACCACCAGCACCAAGGCCUUCUCACUGUCGGCCCCUUUUCAGCGCAUAUAAUUUGAUCGUAUUUACCUCCCCGUUUUAUGCCGUUCCCUUUGCCCAAGGUGUGUGCGUAAUGCACCGGAUCAUACUGCGCAUUUUAGUGCAUUUUAGAAUGGUUUACAGCGGCCGACUAGCAUAAAGGUAUACGCAUACGUUCGUUGACCGUUUGUCAUAAACAAAGCGAAAGCGCACGAGCGAGCAGUAUGAAGAGAUGCAAUUUUCACACCCCAAACUCCACCGAGAAUCGUCAUUUUCCACCCCGCUCAUGCAGGGCCAUGCUGCUCCGAGUUCUUUUCCAACCCACUGCGUGCCGUGUCUGUGUGCGUGCGUGCCUGGCAUGUCCGUCAAAAACACCUCACCUCCACGCGAGCCCCCCCCCCCGCCCAGGUCCCAGGUCAGCUGCUAUGACAGGACGGUGUUGUUGCCGUAUGUUGUUGCCAUUCGCUCCCUACCACCGAGCAUGCAGGGGAAUUGCUUCUGGAAAAUUCAUUCGAACCACCAGCGCACAUACACACUGUCAGGUUGGGCGGCAGCAGCGCAAGAGAGCGUCACGGAACGCGCCGCCAUCGAUCGGCAAAAUUUGCACCUUUUGCUGCUCCUCGGGAAAAUUCCGCCCAAAAAGAAAAGUGCUUAAGCAUGAGUGAAAAGAAAGAGAAAACAUUUGUGAAACGGGCAUGCGAACGUCGGGAAGGAAAAACGCUGCAGAAAGCAAACGGCUCCUGUGAUUGUGCGCCACUAUGCCAGGUCGGAAAAACCGUAUUGAACUGACAUUAGGGGGGGAUGAUGCUGAUGUAUACAUUCCGCCAAGAUGGGAUGCUGUGUGUGUGUAUGUGCUGUUUAGUUUGAAACGGUGCGCACAAUAGAAGGGAGAAAAGUGUGGCCCGCGGUGGUAGUAGAGUGCCUCUGUUUAGUUCGUCCAUCCUUCCGUUCCGUCCUUGACCGACAUUGGACCGAGUUGCGGGUUGCAGGUGCAUCUCUGGAUGCAGAACGCACAAAGCAAAGUGCAGCCAGAAGCAAGCGCAAAUUGAAAGAAGCCACAUCGUGGCAGACAGCGGAAGCAAAAGCACCCGUUUUCGAAAAUGUUCUAGAAGCAUUGCUUCCUGCGCGUCGCCAGAGACACAACGGUAGCGCGGCCUGCGUGCGUAAUUAGAAGUGUGUGUGUGUGUGUGUGCUGGUGUGUGGAGUUGGUUGGCGCCGUGUGCUGUGUGCCCUCAAAAUGAAUAAGAUUGGUCGCAAUUAAUUAAAAGUUAAAGAAAAAUAGUUUUAAACGUGCAACGAGCAACGCGCCAUCAGCCGAAAAGUUGGUUGCGUUGAACGGGAAAGGAAGAAGCUGGUGGUGGUGGUGGCCUUUUUUAUUGGCGGCCAGCAUCAGACGGCCAGAUGGGUGACGAAUGGUCGCGUGCGAGAGGGGGUGGUGGUAGAUGCGCCAAGCGGUCCCGUUUCGAUCAGCAGUUCGAUGCCGAGUUCGGCCCUUCGGCAGUGACCAGCACGACAAGGUUCAUCGAUAUCCUAGAUCAGCUGGACACGAAGGUGGAAUCGCUGCGCAAGGAAGCAAUGGUGCUGCGCGACAAGAAGGACUUUCUGGCCAUGUCGGUGGAUCUGCUCAAGAACAACGAAUACCUGUCCGGACUAAAUGAGAAUGAGCGUGAAGAGAUUGACUGUUACGUGCAGCGGAUCAGCAGCCGGCUUGGGACGGUCGAGCUGAACGUGUGCACGGUGCGCGACCAGGCGCAGGAAGAUUCGCUGCACCACGUCAACAGCCUGAUCGAUCUGAUCAUCGCGAGCGCCGACCCGGUAAUUUCGCGCCAAAAGUGCCAACAGUAUCUGAACGCGUGCAGCACCACCGACACGAGCGUGUACACGGACGUCGACCCGCACACGGUCUGUACGGACAAAAAGUUCGAGAGCGUCCUGCUCGGCUGCACGCUCGACGAUCAGAAGACGAUCAAGAAGCGGCUGCAGGCGCUGCUGGUCUACCUGACCCAGCAAACGAUUGUCCACUGAAGGAACAAGAAGAAGGGACAUGCUGGGACCGUGACCGAAACGCAAAUUGGGAGGGGGGACAGGAGGAUAAGAAACACAGCAGCGCAUGGGCGCAUAGCAUAUGGUACAACGGGUUGGAAUUCCGGUCAGGCAUACCUCGUUAGAGUGGGAAAGAUAGUGCGAAGGACGAGGGGGUUAAAGGUGUUCCAAAGGUAGGAAAAGGGAGGACGCACAUGGUGUUCGUUACCGCAUUGGCGAGGGAUAGUCUGCGUGUGUAUCAUGUGCCUGCGAGCGGGAAGCGCACGGGGUCUAAUUAAGCAGUUUAGACGGAGCCAUCGGAAGCUCUGGUAAAUCAAACAUAAUUCAUAACAAAAGCUUAUGCAACGGCAGCACAAAAAAAAAACAUGCAGUAAAAUAAGGAAACAGAAGGGAUAAAUCAAUUCGCUUGAUUGGACCGGACGCACAGAGCGAACUUACGGUGGUAGAAUACCUGCUGCUUCUAGCAGUUGUCCGCUCCUGCUUUGUUAGAUUCCGGGGCACCUUUCUUUUAAAGUGACGUACAUUCGAUGCGUCACCACACGAAGGCCCGCUGUUGCGCCGCUGCUAGAUUCCCCCCAAGCUAUGUUGGAAUGGAGAACGGGGGAGUAUGGGUGUUGUAAUUGUUUCUGCGCGCGUUUAAUUCUGUACUUUUGGUAAUUUUUCAUAAUUUUCCACUAUUUUAGCCAUUAUCUGUAGCAAUGAAAACAAAAUGCGGCGUUGCGAAUUGUAACACGGCGAUGAUGAAAAUGAUUGCGUUUCCACUAUCCGAUGAAUUCUCCUCCCCAAUUCUGUAUAGCAGUUCUUUUAAAAUCAUCUCAACUUAAACUAUUCCUUCCUUGAUCGAUACACAUCUUCCAUGCCAGUGAGUUUAGCGUUCUUUCAGUGAGAAGCAUUUGCGUAGAAUUGCGUGGUUUUAGGUGGAACAUGAACCGUUUUUCCCAUACCAUACCAGUUUAGAUGAAGAAAGGAAACGAAAUAGUACAUGAAUAGACUGAAAAAAGAAUGGUUUUGUUGCACUUUUAAAUGACGAUAAAAUAUCUCACCCUCUCUUUAAA